UGAUAAACGAAAAGCAAGAGCACCAAAUACCAUAAUUAAAACGGAGAGAUAUGAGAACAAGUAAUUAUGGUUAUAAUACGUUCUUAAUAUUUCUAGUAUUCCUUGAGGUUUCUUCUUCGAGUUCAACGUAUAGUUCAGUAUCCACAUCAGAAAAGCGAACUGUCUCAUUCAACGAGACGAUUGUGUCUCCUGGUAACGUUUAUGAGCUUGGAUUGUUGCCAACUGAUCUGAAUUGGUAUCUCGGGAUAUGGCACAAGGAAGAUAUUUUUAAACAAUUUAUAUGGGUCGCCAACAGAGAUAAGCCCUUCUCCAUAUCAACCGGAACACUCAAAUUCUCCGAAAACAACCUCGUUCUUUCAGAUAAGGAUAACUCUCAUGUCUGGUCGGCCAAUAUGAACAGAGGAGGCGUGAGGUCUCCAAUGGUGGCAGAGCUUCUUGACAACGGCAACUUCGUGGUGAAGGAUUCCAAUAAUGAUGAAGUUUUGUGGCAGACCUUCGAUUAUCCCACGGAUACUUUAUUACCGGAGAUGAAACUGGGAAGGGAUAAGAAAACAGGAAUCAACAAAGUCCUUACAUCAUGGCAUCCAGAUGAUCCGUCAAGAAUUGGUUACUCCUUGCAAGUCAAAAACCAAGCGGGGCUCUUUGAGCUUUCUGUAUGUGGGCAAGACACUUCAAAGUGCUUCUACCGGAGCGAUCCGUGGGAUGGAAGACGCUUUGGUGACAUACCGCUUGAUUUUUCACUUAACUACGUAAGCCCAAAUUGGACGAGGAACGUUGAAGACUCCAACUUCACGUUCCUAAUGACCGGCCAAAACAACAACUCGAUAUUGACAAUGGAAGGCCGUUUACCUCAGAUAUUAACCUGGGAACCAGAAAGAAUGAUGUGGAGCUUGUCUUGGCAUCCUUUAGAUUUUUACAGUAAGUAUCAGAUAUGUGGGCCUAAUAGUUACUCUUCGAGAACGACUACGUUUUCAGUAUGUACUUGUAUUAAAGGAUUCGAUCCAGCUUUCCAUGAGAACUGGUCGUUGAGGGAUUGGCGAGGUGGGUGUGAGAGGACGACGCGACUUAACUGUACCGGAGAUCAUUUUUUACAGUUAAAGAACAUGAAGUUGCCCGAUACUAAAGAUGUAACCGUGGAUAUGGUAAUUGGAAAGAAAAAUUGCGAGAAGCGGUGUCUUCGGGAUUGUGAUUGUACAGCGUACGCUUAUGUCACUAUCCUUAAAGGACAUGCAGGUUGUGUCAUGUGGACCGGAGCACUCAACGACUUCCAAAACUACAGUGUCGGCGGUCGAGACCUGUAUGUCAAAGUGGCUGCUGCUAUAGAUCACGGGGAUGAGACGAAUCAGACGAUUACGACCAAAAAUACAAAAAAUAAGGGUAUGGGCCGCACGUUGGAGGUUACAGUCAUCAUUAUUAUCGGAGUCGUGGUAGUGGCACUGGCUACAUUCGCCACCUACUACUAUUGGAAACAGCACAAUCGUCGAACCAUAAUAACUCAUGGAGGACCAAGCAAGACAAUGAUUAUGAACGAGAUAGCCCGACAAACCAGAUGUGAAUUCAUGAAUUUGGUACAUGUUGCUGAAGCAACAAAUGAUUUCUCUGAAGCCAAUAAGCUUGGAGAAGGUGGUUUCGGUGUGGUUUACAAGGGAACACUGCCUAACGGAAAUACGGUGGCGGUGAAAAGAUUGGCAAUAACUUCAUCACAGGGUUUUAAUGAAUUUAAGAAUGAAGUUCAAACAAUCUCAAGUGUGUUGCAUAUAAAUCUUGUGCGACUGCAUGGUUAUUGCUGGGAAGAUAGAGAACAACUCUUAAUCUACGAAUACAUGGAAAACUCGAGCCUCAAUUACUAUAUUUUCGGUUAGUAUUCUUUUUUUAUUGUAAAUUUAAUCUUUUUGAAAUGAAUUAAUUUAAAAUACCCUAUUUACA